AUGUCAAACAUUACAGAGAACUUGGGCGACACUUUCAACAACAACGCCAGGGCUGACCAGAUCGCCGUUGACAAGAUCGCUCUGGGCAAUGUGACGCCCAGCAGCUCUUCCGACGGCUUCGAUACGCUGUCUGACGCAUUUGCAGAGUACGAGACCAGUGUCGACACCAGUGACGAAGAAGAUGCCGUCGUUGGGGUGGUUGAAGGUGACGACGAAGAUGACGUUGAAGACGACGGACUUGACAAUCACGCAGCCCGUCCCAGGCUCACAACAGAGGCGCUUCUCGCGCUCAAAGCGCCCAUCCUCGCGCGCCUGGCCACAAUUAUCCGAAACGCCGAAAAGACUGAGAUCCUCCAUCGCAACGACAAAUUUGAAAAGCAGCGCAUCCUCGACAAGCUCUACAAGACAGUCGACGUCGAUCGCGACGACGUGGAGGAUGCCGCGUGGGACCUCGAUGGCAGCAGCUUCCGCCACGAACAGAGCCUUCAGCGUCUGCUGGAGCUCAAGGCGCAUCUACGGGAGGUGCAGGACAUGGUUGUGUAG